AAGCUAGCUGCAAUGUUUCUACCUAAAACUGAAACUGCGAUUCCGGUGUUCGUUCCGGACCCUGAAGCUUCAUAUCAAGCAUACAUGAUGAAGCAGUUGCCAGAAGGACUGUGGACAACCAGUAUUUGCGAGUGUUACGAGGAUCUUUCUAAUUGUUUCUUUACCUGCUUGUGUCCAUGCAUCACCAUGGGACAAAACUCCGAGAUCGUCAACAGAGGAGAAAUAUCUUGCAGAUGGGCAAGCCUCCUUCACGUUGCUACGGGGGUUGUGCUGUUUGGGUGGAUAUUUGGUUCGACAAACCGUACAAGCUUGAGGCAACACUUCUCGUUGCCAGAGUCACCAUUGCCGGAUUGGUCCACUCACCUUCUGUGCAUGUGGUGCGCUCUUUGUCAAGAGCACAGGGAACUCCGAACCCGCGGAGCUGAUCCAAGCUUAGGUUGGGAGGGGAAUGUGUCCAAGUGGAAAGAGGAAGCAAUGACUCCCCCCAUUGUGGUACCUCGCAUGGUACCCUAGCGGAACAGGCUGUGUUUGUG